CACAUCGGACAGCAAAAGCUUUUGUUACUUUAUGCCCAAUGGAGGGUCCUUAGUUUUCUCUUUCUCUCUCUCUUCUCUUGCUUCUCAAUCUCUUAAUCACUCUUCUUCUUCUUACUCUUCACUCUUUCUGAUCUGCUGAUUCUUCAGGUUAUGCAAAUUGGGUACUUUGGGUUGAAUUGUGAUGUCUCCACCAGUACUGGGCAUAGGGGAGGAGGAGGGUAAAAGCAAUGUCACUUUGUUGGUUUCCUCAACCACCAUGGAAAGUGUGUGCCUCAAGAGCAUGGAAUUAAAAGAACGCAAUUACAUGGGAUUAUCGGAUUGUUCUUCUGUGGAUAGCUCGGUUCCGUCGUUCUCAGAAGAGAGUAAAAGUAAACUGAACCUGAAAGCCACAGAACUCAGGCUUGGGCUUCCAGGAUCACAGUCUCCCGAAAGAGAUUCUGAUCUUUCCUUAAGAAGCUCAACUCAAUUUGAUGAAAAGCCUCUGUUUCCUUUGCGUCCUUCGACCGAUGAUCCCCAUUCUACGUUGAAGAUUGCUGUUUUGGGAAACAAAAGAGGGUUCUCUGAUGCCAUGAAUGGGUUCCCAGAGGGGAAAUUCCAUGGUAAUUCAGAGGCAAAUCAAAUACUGUCACCAAGGCCUGCUUCUAACUUGGGAUUAAAACCUGGUUCUACUGUUGAGAAUGUUGGGACUCAGCAAACCAAAAUGAAAGAAGUAGCAACAACGAAGGUGGGGCUUGAUAGGCCUCAUGCUGUCAAUGAAACCAGACCAGGGCUUGAUGGUUCUGCAAAUAAUAAUAGCAGUGCACCAGCAACCAAGGCUCAGGUUGUAGGGUGGCCUCCUAUAAGAUCAUUCAGGAAAAAUUCAUUGGCAAAUAAUUCAAAGAACACUGAAGAAGUUGAUGGAAAAGUGGGGUCCGGUGCACUGUUCGUCAAGGUCAGUAUGGAUGGUGCUCCCUAUUUAAGGAAAGUAGACUUGAAGAAUUAUUCUACAUAUCCAGAAUUAUCUUCUGCUCUAGCCAAGAUGUUCAGCUGUUUUACUAUAAGUCAAUGUGGAUCUCAUGGAAAUCUGGGCAGGGAGAUGCUGCUGAAUGAAACCAAGCUGAAGGACCUUCUUCAUGGAUCGGAAUAUGUUCUUACAUAUGAGGACAAAGAUUGUGAUUGGAUGCUUGUGGGUGAUGUUCCUUGGGAGAUGUUUAUUGAAACAUGCAGGAGGCUGAGGAUCAUGAAGAGUUCUGAUGCCAUUGGUCUAGCUAAAAAGUAAGAGCAGGAACUAGGCAGCACCACUCAUUCCACUCUAUUCACUGAACUGUCUAUGGGAUUAAAAGCUUAUGGCUUAUGAUGUCUUGGGAGCAAAAACUGAAGGCAUUUUGGAUGGAUAGAGUUUCGUACGAAGCUGCCUUAAAAUCCUUGUAUCAUUUACUGUAUCUUUUUAAUGUUGUCAUGGCGUUUAUGUUUUGUAAGCUUGUUUUCAAUAUUGUUAAAACUUGUAAUUAAAACUCCAAGACUUGACUAUGGGAGUACCUAUAUCCUAUCUACUCGAGUUCAUGAUGUGGUUGAAGGAUCUGUAUUAUGUAAAUUUUGCAGCGUACCUUCACAAAAGUGUGUCCUAUAUAUGUUUGUGAUAAAAAAAACCAAGUUGUAUGCACUUGUACUGUUUUAAUGUCAUUUGCCACUUGUCACUUGUGGGUUUUUGG